AUGAAACCUGUGGAAGAAGGUGAGGUACCACUGAGAAUAAAUACUUUCACCCUCUUUCCAAACCAAAAAUACAGAAGAAGUUGCAGACUUCUACAAUCCAAGAAAGGUGGCAACACACUGGAAAAUAAUCACAUACGGUAUAACUGCGGCUAUUUCCAGAUUAUUCCAGUUGAAGUCUUUCACAAAGUGUUGUGUUAUCUUUCAGUAACAGACAUCAGUGUUCUCAGUAUGGCAUCAAAAAUGGUUGGCAGGCAGGUUGUGGGUUACAUUGCCACUUCAUCAGGAAUCAGACGGCUUUUAUUGGAGGGUUUCCAUUCUACUGAUGUUUCCAAGAAAUCAGUUGCACUGGAACACUACAGAUCCUUAGGAUUGCUGUUUAAAAGAUGUACCCUUCUGCUUCCCACAAAGGAAAGACUAAAGUUUGUGCAGAAACAGUUAUUAAAGAACCCAUGCUUUAGGAUGGGUGGAUGUACAAUGCUUUUGCAGUGUUUAGGACUUGCUUGUUUUGGGAUAUUAUUACAGACUCUUAUAGCAGGCUGGGAUGAGCUAGAAUGUCAUCGUGUGUUCAACUUUCUGAAUGAAAGUGCAAAUCUGCCUCGAAAAAUGCAAAGUGUGGUGCGCAGUAGACCAGGUACGACCAGAAAGCUGGAAUUACAGGUUCGCCUGUUUUACCGACGGGUUCUAUUAGAUCACUGGGAGCAUCAGUGUGAUAUAGCUUUCUGGCUGACUCGCAUACUAAAGCCUUGGCCAAUGGUAAAUCAAGCCAGAUUGCUGUACUUGCUGUAUGGGCCCAUGUCCAUCAAUGAUGGAGGUCAAAUCUAUUGGCAUCAUAUGACCCAGAUACCUGCCUGUGAUGAGAAUAUGGAGGGUCUUGCCGCAGCAGUAAGAUUGCUGCAUGAAAAUGCUAAAGAAUGGACAGCUGAUGACAUUUUUACCUUGUUAGAAGAAUUAUCAGGUUUUCCCCAAGAAUGGCUCUUAGAGAACAGUGCUCGGCUUCUGAUCUGUUGUGGGAAUAAUAUGAGCUUUACAUUCCUGGCCAAUAAAGCUGUAAAUGGGAGGCUAAAUGAACUUGCCACACUCAUUGUGUUCCUGUCUUUGGUGUGUGAAAAGGAUGGGUACUGCAUGGACUGGACUGUGAAAAUGGUGUACAGAAUCUGCAAGGUGAUAGCCAGCAGUGAGACCAGGUGGAAUUUUCUACUGACCAUUGAGAAGGCUUUUGCUCGAGUUACCAUGGACAUGAUUGAAUCAUUAAUGUUUAGUGGCCUUGAGGAGGACGAAGGAGUGACAUACAACAUAUACAAUAUGGUGAAUGCCCAAGCAGAAUUUCAUAAAAAAGUCAUGCUUCGUGCUUUCAGCAACAUACUAACAUGAACAACGCACCUGAAAUCAAUGGUCAGACCAAUCCAUCAGAUUUAUUUUGUUCUUAUCUCCCUGAAUUUUAUUUGACUCACUGUUUCGAGCGCUUGCAUCUAAAUGUAAACUUAUUCCAGAUAAAAUGAUAUGUUUUGGUGCUGCAGCUUGUUUCAGGGGAUUCUUGGAUCAAGUCAAAGUGAGAAAGCCACUGAUCUGGCCGUGAACUCCUUAUCUGUGCAUUGAUUCACUUCUGAUUAGUCAUGAGAAGACACAAAGGAUUCAUUAUCAUUACACAGUCAUUCAUUUUAUAGGCCACUUGCCAUUUGGGAACAAAAUAGCACUGACUCAGGAUCCUCAGUUCUUUUUCCUCUCAAUUAGAGAGGAUUUAGCUGGCACAGGAUGGAACUGUUAGAUAUUCAGGAGUGGAUAGAACUAGUUGCUAGAUUCAGAUUCCAAACAUAAUUUUAACUAUUAGAUGUUUCACAUUAUGCAUUCCUUGUUAGGUUUAUUACCAAUUUCCUUGGUGAUUGAAUAAAAAUACUGUGA